AUGGACGUCGAAGCGGCGGACAAAGUGCGCGCCGAGGCGCUGCUGCUCCAGACGCUGCACGCUCAGGAUACAAUCGCUGACACGUACGACUUUGCACUGGCGAACGACCUAUCGCAUGAGCUCGUUGUGGGCGUCAUGAAGUCGCUGCUUGUCGACGCGUUCGUGGUCGACGUGGCGCGUGCGACGUCUUUUUAUGUGCUCAAGCCUGAAGCCGCGCUAUUUUUGGCCAAUGGGUCGCCCGAAAUUCAGGUGUACCACGCUAUUCCGGAAGAAGGUAUCAACCGCACGGCAUUGGAGACAGCGGUCGGUGCUGCCACGUUCAAGGUGGGUCAAGCCGUGUGUAUGAAGAACAAGUGGAUCCGCUUGGACAAGAGCAGCGGCAAACUCUAUCGCCAUGUCCCCGAGGUACAGGACGAAGUCUCGGCGCUCCUGCGUCGUGUUGAGGCAGCCAAUGGCGCAGUCUCAGCCAUCAGCAAAGACGAGGCAGCUGUGCUCAAGCGGCGCCAAUUGGCCGAAAUGCGUACGCGCAAGUCGUACGCGCUGACCCGAGGGGCUCAGUUUGCGUUGCAGAGAAAGAAACAGGCUGCUGGCUUGACCAAAGAAAUGCUCGAUGGAGAGGCGUGGAAGAAGGAGACGUUCAAGCCUUACAAUUUCAAGACUUUGGGACUAAAUGUUGGUGGUGGACACUUGCAUCCGUUGAUGAAGGUCCGUGCCGAGUUUCGUCGCGUGUUGAUGGACAUGGGGUUUCAGGAGAUGCCGACGAACCGCUACGUGGAAAGCAGCUUUUGGAAUUUUGACUCGCUCUUUCAGCCACAGUCACACCCUGCGCGCGAUGCCCACGACACUUUUUUCCUUACUCAGCCCAAGCAUUGUCUAACAGUGCCAGAGGACUAUUACCAGCGUGUCCACGACAUGCACGAAAACGGUGGCUUUGGUUCUAUCGGUCAUGGUCGCGGUGCUUUCAAGCGUGAGACGUCCAUGACAAAUAUUUUGCGUACGCACACGACGGCAAUCUCGGCGCAGAUGCUGUACAAGCUGGCGAACCAGCCUGGUGGUUUUACUCCUCAGAAGUACUUUUCCAUUGACCGUGUAUUUCGUAAUGAGAGCAUGGACGCGACUCACUUGGCCGAGUUCCAUCAGGUUGAGGGUGUCGUGGCUGACUACGACCUCUCGCUUGGCGAUCUCAUCGGUAUUAUCAAGGCCUUCUUCUUCAAGAUCGGCAUAACGCAGAUGCGUUUCAAGCCGGCAUAUAACCCGUACACGGAGCCCAGCAUGGAAAUCUUCGCCUUUCACCCGGACUUGAAGAAGUGGACUGAGAUCGGUAACUCGGGCGUGUUCCGCCCUGAGAUGUUGCGCCCGAUGGGUCUGCCCGAGAACGUACGUGUCAUUGCCUGGGGUCUGUCGCUGGAGCGUCCUACGAUGAUCAAGUACCGGCUGAACAACAUUCGCGAUCUCUUUGGCCACAAGAUUGAUCUCGAGCAGACUCGGUCGGCCAAGCUUUACCGCUACUAG